GUUGACUUUUGAAGUUGAUGAACUUUUGAACAGAACUGGGUACAGCCAGCCCAUGGCGCCUACAGCUCAGUUUUGAUGUGUGCAGAUCCAUAACCCUUCCGAUUGAAGUCGCUUUGGCAGUUUCAUGAUGAGGAACAUUUAUUGCAGUUUGUGUGAUUGUUGAAGUAGUCUCCACGCUUCCGCUUUCGAAGUUCGCGGUUCCCAACCUGUGUUCAAGUUAAGUUCCACGCAAAAGAAUAGGAACCAAAUUAAUCAUGCGAAUCCUGAAUUCUUCUAUGUCCGAACCUAGUUGUUUCCGAUCGCUUCUAGCUACUUAGCUACUUCCUGUUGGUCGGCCUACCCCAGUAGUAGAUCAAGUUUUCCUAAAAAUCUAGGAACCAGAUCAUUAGCGUGAAAUCCUGCAUCUUAGCUAGGAGCUUCCUAUUGCAUACUAGUAGCUUACCUUCUUACUGAAUUAAGUAGGCGCCUACUGAAUUAAGAAGUGGCCACGGGCUAAAAAGACACCUACUAGCGAUGGCCUCCAGCCCAAUAGCGAUGGCCUCCAAUCUACUAACAAUGGCCUCCAACCUAAGAGCAACGGCCUCCAGCCCAAUAGCGAUGGCCUCCAAUCUACUAACAAUGGCCUUCAGCCUAAGAGCAAUGGCCUCCACCCUAGUAGCGAUGGCCUCCAGCCUAAUAGCAGUGGCCUCCAGCCUAAGAGCAAUGGCCUCCAGCCUAAUAACAGUGGCCUCCAACCCAAUAGCGGUUGCUUUCAACACUGGAUAUAUAAAACAUCCAGUCUUCGACUCAAAGCUUCCAGUCUUCGAGGCUCACAACUUCCAGUUCAGGUGGGGGAGGCGUGAUUCUGUACACCUCCAUGGGGGAAAUUGAGGUGGAACUCUACUGGAAUCAUGCGCCCAAGACCUGCAUGAACUUCUUGGAACUCGCAAAAAGAAGCUACUAUGAUAACACGUUGUUCCACCGCAUUGUGAGCAACUUUGUCAUUCAGGGUGGUGACCCAACGGGCACUGGCAGAGGGGGUGAAUCGAUAUAUGGCCAAACCUUCGAGGAUGAGAUUCAUCCAGGCUUGAAGCAUGUCGGAGCUGGCAUCCUGUCUAUGGCGAACUCUGGGCCAGACAGCAACGGUUCUCAGUUCUUUAUCACUUUAGGGCCACAGCCUUCCCUUGAUGGAAAGCAUGCCAUUUUUGGUCGAGUCUGUCGAGGAAUGAAGGUGGUUCAAAAGCUGGGUUCUGUAGCAACUAAUGCGCAGGACAAACCAAUUCAAGAGGUCAAGAUCCUUCGUGCAUCCACAGCUUUGGCCGCUGAUGCCCACCUAGGAUUAUGAGAAUCAAAACGAGCGGGACGCAAAAACGAGAGCAA